UUAGCUGAGAUCGAGACAUCUGUUCGGCAAGCUCUGUUUGAGAUCUUAAAAAUAAUCACCACGUACCAAAAUGGAAAUUUUAUGAACUACUCUUCUCUGAGUACAUGUAGAGAAAUUAAGUUUAGAUUUUUGUUAGACCUAAGAAAACAAAGGAACAUAACAGGCGUGAACUUCUGCCUCAUAUCUGAAAGGGAGAAAACGGAAAAGGUGAAAAUUGAGCAGAAGAGCAGUAAGACGCUGUUGUGGAUGCUGGUCUACAAGAAGGGGAUCCACGAAAGCAACCCACUGCAUCACCACAAGACUCUCUUAUUGGCCUUUACUGUUCUUGUGAAACCCCUCAACAUUUGCCUGAUCAUUUCAGUUCCUCAAAUCUGACCCACACACCCAUACCCUACUGACCAGACUAUAUACUUUAAAUAUCACCCUGGGAAAUAACAUCUUUUGACUGAUAAAAAGGCUUUGACAGCCAUAUUGAUUCUGAGUUAAGGUAGUAUUUUUUGCGUAGCAUAAUUCUGAUACACGCAACAAUGACCUGUAUGCUUCCCCACCUCCCCUGAGGAUCUUUGACGUGGACUGCAAGCUUUCCAGGAGCCUGCAAUGAACGGGUUGCCCGAAACAUCCGUGAAGUGUGUGCUCGUCGGUGACUGCGCCGUAGGCAAGACAGCGCUCCUGGUGCGCUUCACCUCCGAGACGUUCCCAGACAGUUAUCGGCCUACCGUGUAUGAAAACACGGGCGUGGAUGUGUUCAUGGACGGCGUCCAGAUCAGCUUGGGCUUGUGGGACACAGCGGGUAACGACACAUUCCGUCAGAUCCGCCCCAUGUCCUACCAGCAGGCUGAUGUGGUGCUGCUGUGCUACUCGGUUGCCAACCCAUCCACGCUGUCCAGUAUCCGGCACAAGUGGAUCAACGAGGUGCGCGAGUACCUGCCACAUGUGCCCGUGCUGGUGGUGGCUACGCAGACGGAUCACCGAGAGAUGGGGCCGUACCGCGCCAACUGCUCGGGGGCAGCUGAGGGCAAGCGUGUGGCCCAAGAAAUCCGUGCUAAGGGCUACCUGGAGUGCUCGGCACUUAGCAACCGCGGCGUGCAGCAGGUGUUUGAGUGCGCUGUACGCGCGGCCAUCCACCAGGCACGCAAGCGCAAACGACGACGCUUCUUUGACCUCAAUCCGUGCCAGGUCUCCUGAGGGAUGCCACACCCUGGGUAGAGGUGGGGGGGAGGGCCUUUGACAUACACCUCAUCCAGAAACUGCUGACCGUUAACAUCUCAUGCCAAAGCCUCAGUGAAGACAUUUUGUUGAUAUAUAAACAAUACUAUUUAUUUCAUCUGAUACCGUAACAGUAGUUCAGUAGGCCAGUAGUGGGAUUAAGGACUCUAGAAACCUGUUUUAUGUUGGUCUCGUAUUUGUUUUUUUGUUCUUAGAGAUUGCGUCUUAUGUUUAUGCUAAGUGUUUCAAUUAAAAAGUAUAGUUUUAUUUAUGCUCCAUUCAAAACAACUUUAAAAGGCUUUGAAGGAGAAAUACAUAACUUUGAAACUUUUGUUAUACUUUUUGUGCAGUGCAUGUAGAUAAUUCAGCACACAAAUAUCAUCCUAAAAGCAGCCAGAGGUUGUGAAGUCUACUUUUGUGGUAUCUCUCAUACAGAUUUGAGAUUUUACACAAAAUAUAGGUUUUUUAAUUCUCCACCGUAUUAGUGACAUCUAAACUUAGUUUUUAAAUGUAUCCAAAAUUAAAAAGUACUAAAAAUUAAUAAGUGUUUUAAA